ACAAAUGUUGGAAUACAGACGCUAUCAGAUAUAUUUUAGAAAUCAAAUAUGCUGAUGUCUGGCUUGAGCCAAUUGAGUUAAGGCUUGUCAAUUGUGUUCAAGUAUGUGAUGACCUCAUUGGGAAGACUUUUAAGUUAGUCGACUUUUAUCUAUUUCAAAAAGUCUGCAAUGGUGAUCUGGGCGUUGAUAAGUUAAGAACGUGUCGUGGAGCCUGGUAA